AUGAGUAAGGUGCAAUGCUACAAGUGUAGAAAGUUUGGACACUUUGCAAAUUCGUGUCGUGGUAAAUCAAAUGAGAAUCACAAUAAUGAAGCCAAGGUUGCUAGGGAAGAGGUGGAUGAUGAGGACACACUUCUAGUAAUGAUUACGGAGGAGAGUUAUGGCAUUACGGAUGUUUCGGGCAGCAACUACAGUAGUGACAGUUUGCGGGACAACAACUGUACCAUUCCGGAAAAUAGUGAGAAAACGCAUUCGGAUCGAAGUGCAUUGGUUACCGUUCGUGACGGAGUCCAAGGGAGAGAUGAGUGGUACUUGGAUUCCGAUUGUUCAACACAUAUGACGGGUCGAAAAGAUUGGUUUGUGCAAAUCAAUCAAGCGGCAAAAAGUAAAGUCAAAUUUGCCGACGACACCACUUUAAGCGCCGAAGGGGUAGGAGAUAUUUUGAUCGGAAAAAGGAAUGUUGGAUAUUCAAGGAUUAAAGAUGUCUUGUAUAUACCGAGAAUUAAGUGUAAUCUUUUAAGCAUUGGCCAAUUACUUGAAAGAGGAUACAAAAUUCGUUUGGAGGACAAGAUUUUACGCGUUUUGGAUUCAAAAGGUGUGUUGAUUCUAAAAGCACCGAUGGCUGCCAAUAGAAUCUUUAAGGUUGAGUUAAAGGUUAUGGAGCAUCAUUGUCUAGCUACCGCGACAAGUAGAGAUGAGUGGUUAUGGCAUUACCGUCUUGGUUACCUUAAUUUUAGGGAUCUAAGAAUGUUGCAAUAA